AUGUCUCGAGCUUCCAGACUGAGAACAAGAACUACCAAUUCAGACAUAAGUCGAUCUUCGAAUAAUGUAGAAGAAGAUUCAGAUAAGUUAGACACUUACGGCCUAGUCGAAGAAAAUGGCGGUCGUCCAUUUCACCUAAUUGAGGGUCUUCCAUCUUCAGCAGGGCUACCACAAUACAAAUCUGCUCUUACACAUCCACUUUCAGUUAGAGACUCAGCAGUUUUGUAUACUUCCAUUCUAAAUUCGAGAAGAACAUGGAUCAGUUCGGAAAUGUUUGACAUGCUUUGGUCCAAACAGUUUUUGACCCCCGGCGAAAAAGCACGUUUAGAACAGGAGGGGCUGGAUCCCGAAAGCGUGGACGCAAGUGCAGCAAGAGAAAAAAUGCACAAAUUAUGCGAUUGCAUUAUGCUAGGAGGCCCUCACGCCUUCUCCAUUCGACUUUUCAUUGUAAAGAAUGAAGAAACAGAGAAGAAAUGGAACGAUGCAAUAGAGGAAAAGAAGCGCAAUAAAGAAACGCGCAGGAAACAAGAACUAGAGUAUAAGAUGAAGAGGCAAGAAGAAAGAAAACAGCAGCAAUGGGUCAGAAAGCAGGGUAAAGAGCAGCAACCGCCAUCUCUCAAAUCCUCGAUAAGUAUCACUGGAAAUGAAGCCAAUAACAGAGCAGGUACAACAAGUCCAGGCUCCACGGAUCCCAAAAGGCAGCCAACUAAGCGUAGACAGCGGAGUGAUGAGGGCUCACAGCAGUCGAGGGCUAUUCCACAGGCAUCUCAGCCGAAAAAGGGAGCCGCGCAAUCAACAGAAGAUCAUAAAAUGAUCACCAAUCUGAAUUUGAUGGCACAGAAAAACCCAGAGUUGAACUCCCUCAUGAUCAUUGUCGCCGGUGGAAGAGCAACUUCAGAGCAGGUAGAAGAAUUCAAGAAAUAUAUCGAAAGGGCUAGGAAGAUGCCAACUCCACAAGGAUGGAAACCUACACCGUCUGCCACCUCUGCAGCCGCUACUCAAAAUACUAAACAGUCUAGGGUUCCUGACAGCAAUAUUUCCGGGAAGGGCCGUCCUAUCAUUCCGCCGAAAUUGCCAACUUCGAGAGCUCCGGAAGCUCCACGGAUUAAAGUUGAAAACCCCUCUACCCUGGCUCGAAGUACUCCCCCCGAUACAGCUUCUGCUGAACCCAGACAGAAAAGAAAGUACACAAGAAGGAAAAACGUGGAAACUCCUCCAGAACCCGAAGAUAAAUCGAUGCAGCUCACCACCUUCCAGCAAAAAUACAUGCAUAAUGCUGACAUUGUUUUUGAGUACGUUGAGAAUCCUAAUAAGCGAUACAGCUUUCCAAAAGAUGCCAUCUUAGAGCUCUUAGACGAUGGCGAAUCUUAUUUGAUGUCCUGGAUUAUUAUUCACAAUCGCAAAGAGGUGGAGAAAUAUAAGAAGAAGAUGCGCCAGAAAUCAAAACCUGCAAAAGAAGGCGAAAAAAGUGAGGAGGAAAUCAAACAGGAUCACGAAGAUUACGACGUCUUUGAGGAUCCACAUGCCCCUGAUCCGCUUUAUACUACGAUGACCGUAAAGCUUAUGGACAUUCACAAGAAGUUUCAAAAUAUUAUGAUAAACUCUGUUAAUCCAGCCGAUAAGGUGAGAAAACGCAUGUCUAGUAUUCUUGAUCGUGGUACAAGGCUCACAGGUUAUAAUUUGUGGUUUCAGUUGGAUGCUUACGACGAUAACGAUUUAGGGGAAACUUUGCGAAGCGAAUUAAAGGACUACGAAGCGGGAUUUAGAAGUAAAAGACAGCGUAAGCAGUUUUGA